AUGCUGACGGGACUGCCAGCGCGUGAAAUGAACAAGCAAAACAAAAAAAUCUUAAAAACACGGCGGCAGGGUGUGGCUGCGGGUGUGGCGCUGCGGGUGUCUGCCCGCCCUGGCCGCAAAAAAACAAAACAAAAGGGAAAAAAUGUGUGCUCCGCCCCACAGGCCAUCGUCGCACGCCCACACGUCACGGCUCCCUCAGCGCGCCGUUCGUCGCGGCCCCUCCUCAUGCGUGCAGCAGGCGAGGCGCACAGGGCCGUCGUCAUGAGCGUGUCGGUGGGUGUGCGAGUGGAGCAGUUGGGCGGAAACACACGGCACCCCUCACAGGAAGAGUGCAGAAGAAAAAAUUAA